AUGUUGUCUAUUGUGUUAUCAUACGCGGGGAUACGCGACGCUAUCGAAUGCUUGAAGCACAUUAUUAGAGGUGUCGUGCCUGAUGACGAACCAAACUUUCAAGAUCUUAUCGAAUACUACUCAAUACUCCUACGAAAGUCGGCCAAUCCGUCGUCGCCUGGAGAUUGGAUAAAGGAAUGCGGUCAGGGAUAUCUAUGCCUAUCGGAAGAUAAAAAUGGAUCACUAAAAUCCGCCGCUGUUAAGUACUACGGUCAAACACGUUCAGCGGCUAUUUUGUUCUCGACAAAAAUCUCUAGUUUCGGGCAAGAAUCAGUCGAAGAAAAUUCCCAGGCAAACGGAGACUAUAGAACGGAAAAUUAUACGCCGACGAAAACUAAAACACUUAUAUCGAACACGUCCGAGUCCUUCAGCGUAGGGCCAAGGAAUAAAUUAAAUAGGUCCCAAAAUACCGUAGAAGCGAAAUAUGCUGAUAACUCUGUCGAAAACGAGCACAAAACAGAUGAAUCUGCUGAAAACAAAGAAAGAUUAUCAUGGCAUUAUAAGCCUUUAAGUGCGGCGCAAAAGCCACUACCCGAAAUACAAUUCCAAUCAUACGAUGUAGACAGGGCGGAGAGCACUGCUUACAGCGACGAAUUUUUAAGAUCACUUGAUGGGAUUAAGUUCCGUCCUUUGCAACGAAAUGACCCAAGUUGGCGUCGCAGGAGUUUUAGGAAACGUCAUUCUUCCUCUUCUAAUUCAUCAAGAGAUUCCAGAGCAUCGCGUGAUGAAGAACUGAAAAUGUUCACAUCGCUCGAAGAGGAAGAAUUUAAAAAGAUGAAUGAAAACGACAACUUUGGGAGGUUUGGAAGCACGCCUAAUUUAUCGACGCGUUCUUAUUCCAGAAGUCGAUCGAGGGAGAAGUCAAGGGAAAGGAAAACGGACAAUUGGAGCAUAGAAGAGACUGUUGAUGGCACGGUAGAGGAAGAAAAUACAGAAAGUAAACCGAAGCUUAAAGGUCUACCGAAGUUAGAUUCAUUCGUGGAGGAGAAAGAUGAAACCAAAGAGUUCAAUGAGGUAACUGAGGAAACAGAAGAAGACAUUGAUUUCUGGGCUAAAUUCGGAGAUUAG